AUGGCAUCCACGGCUGCCGCCCCUAACGGCGGGGCUCACGACAAUGUCCUGCGGCCGAGGCCGAGGAAGCCGCAGCAUUCCCAGUUGGCGAGGACACAGAGUAACUCUUCCGUCGGCGAGAUGAAUGGCCUGACACCUCUAUCAGAGACUGGCCAGACGAGCGGCACUACCAGUGGCCGCUCGACACCCGUCCCUCACGAUGCGCUCCCCUCCGUCAAGAGCAUGUCCACGGCGAAGAAGCAAGCCCGCGCCGAACAACGCCGCCGUAUAUUCCCCACGAUCGAGUUCGCGAGCCGCGUUUCCCACCUCGAUCCCAACUCCGACUACCGCGACUUCCAUGGCUUCUUCAACCUCUUCUGGAUCGGCCUCGCCAUCAUGGCCAUCACCACCAUGUUGCGCAACAUCAAAGACACCGGAUACCCCAUGCGAGUCCAGAUCUGGACCCUCUUCACAAUUAAGAUUUGGCAUUUGGCCAUUGCAGACCUCCUCCUGGUCGCCAGCACGCUAGUGUCCUUACCCCUCCAUCGCAUCUGGCGUUCUGCCCCCGCCGACGGAGCGUUGACAUGGAAGAAGGGCGGCAUGGCUGUUCAGAGCAUCUACCAAGCCGCAUGGCUUGCCUUCUGGAUUGCCAUCCCCUUUGUGCUCGAGUGGACAUGGACCGCGCAGGUCUUCCUGCUGCUGCACACCAUGGUCCUGCUCAUGAAGACGCACAGCUGGGCGUUUUACAACGGCCAUCUUAGCGAGACGGAGAAACGUCUUUACGCUCUCGACAAUCCCUCAACAGCCUCGAAAGCUCCAGUCUACCUGUACCCGACACCCGAUAACCCAAUGGGAACCGUAAGCAGCCCCAAGACCCGUGACUUCAAGGCCAAGUCGGAGGCCAAGGGGACGUCGGAUACGGACUCGACCUCGGAAGAGAUCGAGCAGCUCCGCGAGGACCUGGCCCAGGAGCUCACCUCGCCCAUGGGGAACCUAGCAUAUCCUCGCAACCUGACGUGGUCCAACUACUUUGACUACCUCAUGUGCCCCACGCUGUGCUACGAGCUCGAAUACCCGCGGACAGCCCGCAUCGACUGGCAGAACCUCAUUUCCAAGAUUGUCGCCGUCUUUGGCUGCAUCUCCCUCUUGACCGUCAUUUCCGAGGAGUUCAUCUUGCCCAUCCUCAGCGACGCCUCCCUCCGUCUAAACACGGUCCCGCCUCCCCCCAUCUCCGAGGCACUCCUCAUCCUAGCAGAAAGCGUCUCCUGGCUCCUCUUCCCCUUCAUGCUGACCUUCUUGCUCGUCUUCCUCGUCAUCUUUGAGUACGCCCUCGGCGCCUUUGCCGAAAUUACGCACUUUGCCGAUCGCCACUUUUACUCCGACUGGUGGAACUCGACCGACUGGAUGGAGUUCUCCCGCGAGUGGAACAUACCCGUCUACAGCUUCCUGCGCCGCCACGUCUACAGCGCCAGCCGUCCGUACGUCGGCCGCCUCCCAGCCACCGUCAUCACUUUUCUGAUAUCCGCCAUUGGGCACGAGAUCGUCAUGGCCUGCAUCACGAAGAAGCUUCGCGGCUACGGCUUCGUCUGCCAGAUGCUGCAGCUUCCCAUCGUGGUGCUGCAACGUACGAAGUGGGUGCGUGGUAAAGAGACGCUCAAUAACGUGUGCUUUUGGUGCUCCAUGGUCAUGGGGCUGAGUAUGAUUUGUGCCCUUUACGUCUUGGUCUAG